UAUCUCCGCUGAAGAUAAUUAUUGGGGGCGAAAGAAGUGGCCCUCUUCCUGCUCACACGGCGUACAUCCCCAUGUGCUCCGCAUGGCUGGUGGUGGCGAGGGCUUAUAAUUUAAUCGCCGGCAUCAAUUAUGACGAAGCAAUCGUCCUAAGCCCUGCUUCUCCGUCGUCGCUUUUGGAAGAUCAACGGCGAUUUCACACUCCGUGCCCUCUGAAUCAAGCUGGGGGCUCAUGAUUUCCGAACCAGUGUGUGCUUCUCCUCGUCUUAAUUCUUCUGCACGUCCUUCGUCUUCUUCUUCAUCAAUCCACUAUUGAAAAGAAAGAGAGAGAGAGAGAGGGAGAUUCCAACGUUUGUGUAUCCUUCUAUUGCAUACAACUUGUCGUCUUCGUCGGGAAACUCUUCUUCAGGAGGAACACAAAGGACAGAUACCUACCAGCGAUUUCGUAUCCUUCUCUAGCAUACCACUCGUCGUCUUCAUUGUGAAACUCUUCUUGAGGAGGAGCACAGAAGAGAGAGAGAUGGGCGGUGGUAUGGGGAUCAGCAGGGUGGACGUGUUGAGCGGCAUCAUCCCCCUGUUGAAGCUGCUCUGUCUCGCCGUCAUGGGCCUUGUCCUCGCUCACCCUAAGGUUCACGUCCUCCCAAGGUCGACGCUCAGGCUGCUGAGCAAGCUCGUCUUCGCCCUCUUCCUCCCUUGCCUCAUCUUUACCCACCUGGGCACAUCCGUGACCCCAUCCAACCUUACUCUCUGGUGGUUCGUUCCCCUCAACGUCCUUAUUAGCACCGCCGCCGGCUGUCUCCUCGGCUACCUCGUCGUCCUCGUGUGCCGUCCGCCGCCCCAGUUCCGGCGAUUCACCGUCAUCAUGACCGGUUUCGGUAACACGGGCAACCUCUCCAUCGCCAUCGUCGGUUCCGUCUGCCAUAGCUCCGAUCACCCCUUUGGCCCCGAUUGCCACCGCAAGGGCCUCGCUUACAUCGCCUUCGCUCAGUGGGUUGCCGUCAUCCUCGUGUACACCCUCAUUUACCACAUGAUGGAACCCCCUCUCGAAUUUUACGAGAUCGUUCCAGAGGCCGAAGCUGCCGACGAGGACCCUAUUGCCGCUGCGAACGGAAUCCCAGUUGUUGGUGCUGGGGACAUCAGCAGGCCGCUGCUUGUGGAGGCAGAGUGGCCGGGGAUUGAGGACAAGGAAACCCGGCACUGCAAAACCCCCUUCAUCGCCAGAGUUUUCCGGAGCCUGAACUCAGGCCUCUCGCAGGCGGGCUUCCCCGAUCUUGAUGCCAACAGGUUGGAGGAUUCUUCAAUUGAGGCGGACAACGGCGGCGGAAGCAGCCCGAAAUCGAUCCGGUGCCUGGCGGAGCCCAGAAUGGUGAGGAGGAUCAGGAUAGUCGCAGAACAGACGCCGAUCCAGCAUAUCCUCCAGCCGCCCACCAUCGCUUCUUUGUUGGCAAUUGUCGUCGGCAUGGUUCCCCAUUUGAAGGAUUUCAUGUUCGGUGCAGACGCUCCUCUUUCCUUCUUCACGGAUAGCUUGGAGAUUCUUGGUGGGGCUAUGGUUCCUUCUGUUUUGCUCAUUCUCGGAGGUAUGCUAGCGGAGGGGCCCAACGAAUCGCAGCUCGGGAUCAGAACGACGAUCGGUGUUAUCGUCGCGAGGUUGUUGAUUCUGCCAUUGCUUGGAAUCGGAGUAGUGAUUUUAGCCGACAAACUUAAUCUAUUAGUGGCCGGAGAUCAGAUGUACAGAUUCGUUCUCCUUCUGCAGUACACGACGCCGAGCGCCAUUCUGCUAGGAGCCAUUGCCAGCUUGAGAGGUUAUGCUGUGAGUGAGGCCUCUGCCCUCUUGUUUUGGCAGCAUGUCUCUGCUGUAUUCUCCCUUUCAGUCUAUAUCGUUGUCUAUUUCAAAUUACUAUCAUAUGUUUGAAAAUUUCGGCUGAUUAGACAAUCCUGUA